AGGAGAAUUUUGAGCAAAUAUAUUUUGUUGUUUGUUUUGAGUUUUUAACUAACUUUAUCUUGUAAUUAUUUAAUCAAGUACAUGAAAUCGUCUUCAUACACUGAUAAAAAAACUAACCUAAAAUACUACGUUUACCCAGAUUAUAAUUUAUACAACAUUCAAUGAUCUAGGGCCUGUUUGGGAUAUAUUUUCUGUUGGUUGAAUAUGGGCAAGCAAACAAAUACACAAUGAGACAUCUGAAGAUUUCAGCACAGGCUUUUGUCAUAGCUCACGUAAUCAUAGGUGUUGUUGGUCAGAAUGAAAUCUGUACGUUCUAUGGUCUAGAAGCGAACUGCCGCUACCGUAUUGAUGCUAUUUCUCUGUCACAGAUCAGGGCAGAUAUUAAUCAGUGUGCCGACCCUGUUGAGGUCACAUUCAUCAUCAAGAAUGAACGACCUCAUGUAGACUUCAAACACACAUUUAACAGUGCAGACACACUGGUGUCUGUGCCAAGGUUUACUGUACACACACAGCUCCGUGUCAGGCUUACCAAGAAAGAAGAUGAUGUCAUCAAUAUAGAGGCAGAUUUCUAUGUUUAUGGGCAGGCUAGAGCAGAUUUUAUAAACGAAGAUGUCAAACUCAGAGGAUUGGAGGAACACUGUCCAUUUUUGAACGCAGCUGCAAAGAUUGCUAUAGGUGUGAUGGGUGGAUUAGCAGUCAUUGCAGCAUUUCUGAUCUUUACCUUGUUGUUCAUUCGAUAUAAAAGGAGAAAGAAGAGGGCAGCAAAUGCUGAGAACCAGCUUGUACAAAAUGCUGCUGAGCCAGGAACCUCAAGUCCAGGUCUUUCAUUAACAAAUCUGAAUGAGAAUUAUGUGACAUCCAAUCAUGUGACUUCAGUAGAUAGUGAAAAUGGUGGAAUUAACACAACAGAGAGAAAUGCAGUACUUACAAAUGAAAAUAGAAAUACAAAUAAUGCUGAAAUAAAUGACACAAAUGAUGUAAAGUCAGGUGGAGAGAGAUCUUCUAGUCAUGGAGAAAGGAGGAAGGAUUUACAUGGACCAGAUGUAAGGUUCUCAGAAAUAUUGAAAACUGAAAAUCUCAAGAUAUCAGACUGUUAGCAUCUGUUUGAGAGCUUUCUAGAAAGUUGUACUGUUAACAGCAGUUUGGAGGACUGCUAGAAGACUGGACUGUUAGCAGGUUGUACGUUUCCACCUGAGUGCUUACUUUGUUUUAUAUUUAACUUACAAGGUCAGGCAUUCCUUACUGCAGAAAGCCUAACAAAAUAGUAUUAAAAUGUAGUUCUGCCUUCUUUAUGUAUGAUUACUCAGUCAUGCAUAAUCUAGCAGACAUAUUACACAAAUUAUGUGUCAUAUAGAUGCAGUGUGUAUACUGUUGGCAUUUUUGAUGGCUGCUGCCACCAGUGUCAAAAAGAAUACUCCGUUUGAGAAAUCUUGUCAGUUUUUAAGACCAUCCUAACAACACAACCAAAAAUAGUUUUCCAGGUAACAAUUAUCUACACAACGACUAAAAUCAAUACAAACUGAAGUCAACAUUUUAAUUAAAACAACCACGUGUAUGAAUACAAAUAUGCAAAUUUAUGGUCACGUGAAUAAACGAUGACCUCAUGUCACCUGAACUGGAGCGAUGAUAUUGAUUAUCUAUUGCAAAAAAGAACAAUGACUUCUGCUAGCAAUAAUUUGCGGCUAAAAAUAGAAACGGAAUUUCAAUGGAAAAGUUUCGAAACAUUUCCGGUCCGUAGACUAUACCAGUUUGUACGUCUGAUAGCUUUUCCAGCAAGUUGUAACACUUUUCAAAUAUGUCAGAACAAACUUAAAUGUUCGUCAUAGCUAUCAAAUUGUAAGAUAUUAUAUUAAUGCAACCCUAGUGAUCUAAGAAUGUAACUGAAUUUUCGACUGCAUUUCAAGCACGCAAAAAUAUGACCACAUGUUAAUUAGGCUAUUUAUAGAAAAUCGAUAAUCAGCAGUGAUAUGGAUUUCCUCAGGCCUGGAACAACUGAUACGUAUUAGACCUUCCUGCUCAGGCGUUGAUACUGCCAAUUAACACUGAUUAGCGCAAAUUUAGUGAGAUGAUUUAUGAACAGGACAGUACUUUAUUGAUAUAACUUGAACAUGUACAGUUUAUCAUUAUAUCACUAUCAAGAACAAAAUAUACUAAAACAUGCUUAGCAAUACGAGAGUGAACAAAAAUAAAAGAACAUUCAGUUAAAAUUCAUUCGAUAUUGUUUGCAAUGUGACCUGCCGUGAGAAUCAAAGACAUGUAUGUUUUCUAAAUAAUAUUCACUCGCGGAUAAUCUUCCUUCAGCAAAUGUACAAUAUAAGAUACUAUAUGUAUGCAUAGAUACACAUGUAUUUGGUAUAAUUUCGUCUGACAAAACACGAAUUAUCAACGUGGAAACCCACAGGUCGCCAAAGCUGAGAAGUGUUGCAAGCUCGCUUUGACUAAGUGGUGCUACUGUAUCACGAUUUCAUCAACUUGUAAGCCCGUGAAAGUGGGCGCAGCGAUGAUACUAAUACUCGCCUUUUUGAAACUGCAAUCUGUCAGACUGUAGCAAGUCGUCGGAUAACAGAUUUGACCAACUUUAAAAUUAAAUUUCUGCUCCCUUCAGCUAAAUUCAUUCGAGUCGCACCAUGAGAAAAACGACAUAGUGCAUUUGUGACCAGCAUAAACCCAGAUCAAACUGCGGAUCCGCACACCACUCUGGUCAGGAUCCUUGCUGUUCGCUAACGGUUUCUCUAGUUGCAAUAGGCUUCGAAAGCUAACAGCAUGAAUUCUGACCAGACUGCGCGGAUAAACAAGCUGGUCUGGAUCGCACUAUGCUGGUUUUCUCAUGGUGCGUCUCAAUAUGAGCAUCCAGACACAUCUACGCAGUCUGGCCAGGGUCCAUGCUGUUUGCUUUCAAAGUCUACUGGAAUUCUAGAAACUGUUAGCGAACAGCAUGGGUCCUGACCAGACUGUGCGGAUGCGCAGGCUGGUCUGGAUCCAUGCUGGUCGCAAACCCACUAUGUUGGUUUUCUCAUGGCGCGGCUCAUAUAUCUGGAUACAAAUAUAUGUAUAAAAAUUAAAACGGUUUCGUUUCGCCAGUUACAUAGUUUCAACUUUUUUCUCGGUCUGACUAAAGUUGUAAGUUUGUCUGACUUAAUGUCCAGCAUUUUUGCGAAGCCUGCUGUUAAGUCUUGCGAACUUUUGAGUAUAACAGAUGGAGUGAUAAUUAAUGUACCUCUAAAAUACACUGGCUGCAGACCUGACAUUCUGAGGUGCAUUUGUGGUGCAUGUUUGUGUUGUUUUCUUUCACAAAAGUCUCAUUAAAACCACAGCUAUCUGAUACGGACUAAAUCAGUGUGUAUAAUAAUUCAUGACAGACACUGCCCAAAAGCUUUAAAAAGAAACCUUAAAAGCUGAAUGAUUUGGAGAAAAAGCCUAUAUUAUUUAUUCAUAGUAAAACAUCUUCGAUAUAAUUUAUGUUGUAGUUUUCAUCACAAAUAAUCAAAAAGGAUCAAAACUAUUCGUUAAAGACUGAAUCAGUAUGUAUGUAAACAAUGACUGGCAGUGAAAAAGGAUUAAUUUUGAAACCAAAGCCGAAUAUUAAAAAAAAAAAUGCAAAAAAAAUGUUCUUAUGGUUUAUAUUAACAAUUCCUCAGUUGUCGCUUUCUUUGUGAUAUUUUAAACAUUGAUUAGCAGCCACCAUCAGCGCUUUGAGGGCUUUGAUUUACAGUAUUUAUUAUGAAUGCAAUCAUGAAACCUUUGUGUGCUAAAAAUAAACUUUACGGCAUGAAAAUUGAUUUGUCUGCCCACUCAGAAUGGUGUGUUUACAGUGACUAAGAAAAUGGGAUUAUACAAAGAAUAAGCAUGAAAGGGAAGCUACUGUAUUCAGCUAUUGAAACCAUAUAUAACGUUGAAUUAACUCUACCCAUUAAUUCAAUACUAAAAAUUGCUGUCCUAACUUCUUUAUAAAAUAUGAGUAACAUAAGUUCUGCAAUCAGCCAUCAAGAUGAACUCAGAAAAUUCAUGGUUUUAAAAACCAACUUCAUAAAGUAGAUUAUUAAACAGAUUUUACACUGUAGUCUGUGAACAAUAUAUCUCUGUACCGGUACCUGGCAAUGUAGUCUGUGAACAAUAUAUCUGUGCCGGUACCUGGCAAUGUAGUCUGUGAACAAUAUAUCUCUGUACCGGUACCUGGCAAUGUAGUCUGUGAACAAUAUAUCUGUGCCGGUACCUGGCAGUGUAGUCUGUGAACAAUAUAUCUCUGUGCCGGUACCUGGCAGUGUAGUCUGUGAACAAUAUAUCUCUGUGCCGGUACCUGGCAGUGUAGUCUGUGAACAAUAUAUCUCUGUGCCGGUACCUGGCAGUGUAGUCUGUGAACAAUAUAUCUCUGUGCCGGUACCUGGCAGUGUAGUCUGUGAACAAUAUAUCUCUGUGCCGGUACCUGGCAGUGUAGUCUGUGAACAAUAUAUCUCUGUGCCGGUACCUGGCAGUGUAGUCUGUGAACAAUAUAUCUCUGUGCCAGUACCUGGCAAUUUUAGUCUUUCAAAAAAGCUGUGUUCAAGAAAUGCAUAUUUGGAAAAUAGAUAUUGUUUAAACCAAACCAUGGUAAUGAUGAUUGCCAUGUCAUUCACAUUAUCAAUGUUAACAUCAAAAUUUCAUGUUUAUGCAAGCAGAAACAUACCUUAGCACUACAAAGUGAACAUUAACCUGUGAGGAUUCCAUUAUAGUUUUCACGGUUGACUAAUGAAAACUUAACUUUAUAUCGUUAUUACAUAAUUUCAUAUGAUUAUAUGUGUUAUUUUGAUGUCAAUUGGUGAUUGUUUUUCUUUAGCUUCUUCUGUUUAUGGAAGCAAUGCUGUUUUUUUUGUGCGGUUAAAUGUAGUCGGUAAAUAGUUAAAAUGAAACAACACUAGAAAAUAAUAUUUAUCUGUGUAAUCAUAACCAUACAUCUGAUAUAAUUUAAAUAGUUAGCAGUGAAGACAUUGAUGUUACUUCUGGAUCAACCCUCAUAUUUAUCAAAGACCAUAUGGAAAGUUAACCUGCUAUACAUAUCAGAUAUCAUUGUGACUUUAACCUAUUGUACAUAUCAGAGAAUUUAAAACCUAUUUCACAUAUUAGAUAUCAUCAGAUAAAAGCUAUUGCUCAUAUCAGAGAUCAUUAUGUAACUUUGUUCUGUUGUACAUAUCAAAGAUCAUUAUGUAACUUUGUUCUGCUGUACAUAUCGGAGAUCAUUAUGUAAGUUUGUUCUGUUGUACAUAUCAAAGAUCAUUAUGUAACUUUGUUCUGCUGUACAUAUCAGAGAUCAUUAUGUAACUUUGUUCUGUUGUAUGUAUCAGAGAUCAUUAUGUGACUUAAACCUAUUAUACAUAUCAGAGAUCAUCAGGUAAAUUUAUAACUUAUUGUACAUAUCAUAGAUCAUUAUGUGAAUUCAAUGUUUCCUACAUUUUAGAGAUAUUUUUAGUAUAUGUUUGUUUCGUAUUUUGUGAAUUCAUUGUUUUAUACCAUAUUUCUAUACAUUUUAUUUUAUAUUUGGAAAUGCAAUUAUUUAUUUACUGCUAGUCAAGAAAAAACUAACUCAAAAUAGCAGAAAUCUUUUACUAUGAUAUAUUGUAUUUAUGUAUAAAAUAUGACAGAAAAUGUUUAAAAGUUUGUUUUUUAUGAAAAUUUCACAUGCAGUGUAUAUUACUGUUACUAAAUCUAUUGACAGGUUUGCUUACAUAUUAGUCUUUUCGUUUGUCAUUCCAGCCAGGAGAGAAAUUUUUGUCUGUUUAAUUUCAUACAGAUUAAAAAUAAGACAACACCUUCACAACUAGGUUUGACUGUUACGUCUUUGUCAGAAAUAAUAUACAGUAUAAAUGAUGUCAUAUCCAUCAUUGUGACAGAAGUGUCAUUUUUAUGCCUCUCCCCCACCCCACUUCAAAGAAGUGUGAGUAAAUUGUUUUGCUCAUUGUCUUUUAAUAGGUCUGUCUAUUGGAAGACCAUUGGUUUUGAUUUGUAACUAGAGAAUGCUUGAUAUCACAGAAUGAUAUCAUGUGGUCAUUAGAUGACCACAGCUGUUUAAGGGGUUUGUAGGUCAAAGGGAAAGGUCACAAAGACCUUGAAACUUAAAAUGGUUUCUGCUCCAUGACUAAACAACUCUUUGGUCUAAAAUAAUUAAACUUCAUAGGAUGAUUGACUUUAGCCAGAAGAUUACCCCUAUUGUUUUGGGAAUCAGCAGGUCAAAGAUGAAGAUCACAUUGACCUGCAGACUGAAAAUACUUUCUGCUCAAUAAGUAAAGAACACUUUAGCCUAUAAUCAUCAAACUUCGUACAAUGAUUACCCAUGGUCAGUAGAUGUUUUAUUGUUUUGGAGUUGGUAGGUUUAAGGUCAAGGUCAAAGUGACCUAGAGGCUCAAAACAGAUUCUGCUCUAAGAGUACAGACAGCUUUGGCAUACAGUCAUUAUAUGAUUAUUCCCUGUUGUCAGUAGUUUGUUUUGGGGGUUGGCAGGUCAAAGGUCAAGGUCACAGUGGUUUCCACUUCAUAAUCAAAGAAUGCUUUAAUUGUCAAUCUAUAUGGGAUUUUACCUGUAGACAGUAGAUGAUGUUGUUUUAGGUUGUUUUGUCAAAGUCAAGGUCACAGCAUAAAAAGUUCAUACCUGGUUGCCACAACAGUCCAUCAUAGGGUUAUAUGUGUUUUACAAACAGCUCGUUUUUAGAAAUUCUGUGUUUUAAUAUGCAGUACGAAUUAUGACUUUUAUUUUUUACUUAAGGUUUAGAACUGAGACUUGUUUGAAUAACAAGUACCCAGCUUUACGAGCUACAAGAGACUGGUAGCCAUCUUAGAUGAGCUAUUUUUAAUUCCUCUUAGUGUACAGCAUGUACAUUGCCUUCGUUAAUUAAUCAUACUGAGUUUGUUAAGAGCUAUGAAGAUCACUGAAUUUACCCUGGUUCAUACUAACCCAGAUUACACCUAACUUCUUGUAUUUUAUUCUCAAAUAACACAUGCAUUACAGAAUGUUGUUAUUAUUAUGUAAUACAGAAAUAGUAAGUUGAUGUGUUGUAAUUUGGUAUUAUUACAUGGUACACAGAUAUUCAAGAAGCACAUGUAUUAUAGGAUGAUAAUACAUGAAACCUCAGAUGUAUACAGGAUAUACAUUUUUCCUUUGCAUAAAAUUUUGUGGUUUUGGCCAUGAGUUUAUUGAAUUCAAUUUUAUAAAGAUUGAAGACAUGCUAACUUUAUUUAUUCAUUUUGGACUUUUGUAGUGCACCAUGUGUAAUAUUUUCAAGUAUAAAUGACUGCUGAUCACGACAAGAUAAGAAAGUUCAGUCAAACUUUGUUUGCUUAAACUCGAUGGGACAAAAUUUUGUUCAAAUUAUCGAUAAUUCUAGCCACCAAAAAAUAUACAUUAUAUAGAUAUUUUGCCUGGACCUUAUGAUGAGUUUAAGCGAAGGGUGGUGUACAAAUUGUCCAAGUUGGAGGGAGUGAAGUUUGACUGUACUCCAUCCUUCUACCUAAUGUUUUAUGUUUCCUCCAUAUCUUAAGUCUCUUAUAUUAAAUUUUGUAUACUUAGAUGGUACAAAAGUUCAUCUGAUAUAAAGUUGGUACAGACUCCAGUUGUGUUAGGUUAAGAUCAAAGUCAUGACUAGUGAUCAAAGGUUACAAAAUGUGUUAUAUGCAAACUUUUGUGUUCCGACCAUAUUUUGAGAUAAAAUGAUUCAGUUUUGUAUUAGCGCAGUCAUGAAAAUUUGUCCCCAAGGAAUAGUGACAGUUUCAGAUGGUAGUAAAGCCAAAAUGCAGUGUGCAAGAACCGUAACAUUGUCUGAAACAUUUAUCACUGUAAUUUCCUUUUGUACUUAAUAAUUUUAUACCAAACUUCAACUGCUGAAAUGAAGAAGUUCUAAAAAUUUGUUUGGUUCAUGCCAAAUUUUAAUAUUUUACUUAAGUUUAAGAAUUACACUUUUAAAAAUUAAAGAACUUAUUGUUUAACUUUUACAGCUGUCAACUAAAAAGAUCUUUUAUCUUAUGAUGAUUUACAUGCUUAGUAUGUUUCUUUUUAAAUAAAAGUGAAUUUAAGUUGUGCCUUAUUACAUUCAGUAUAGUUGGUCCAUUAUUCCCAGCAGUGUACAUACAUAUAUUUAUAUAUACUUUAACCUUUAUAAUUGAUGGCUAGGUAAGUCUUACCGCUAGAUAUAGAUCCUGAAAACACAUCUUUCACAAAGCACUGAAAUUAUGUUACAGGUGAUAAACUAGAAAUUUGUGUUGUUAUUUAACUUUGAAUUCUGUUUACUAGUGUAUGAUUUCUGCACUCCCUUUUAAUUAUACCCCCAGAAAACGAAGUUUUGGGGGGUAUAUAGAAGCGCGCUUGUCGGUCGGUCAGUCCGUUGGUUUUCAUGGUUUCCGAACAAUAACUCGUGAAAGGCUUCAACGAUUUAAACAAUUUUUGAUACACAGGUGUAACAUCAGAAAAUACAGGUCAGGUUCGACUUAGAGGUCAGUAGGUCAAAGUUCAAGGUCACAGUGACCCUGAACAGUUAAAUGGUUUCCGGAUGAUAACUCGAGAACGCUUGGGCCUAAGAUCAUAAAUUUUGGUACACAGGUGUAACAUCAUGAAAUACAGGUCAAGUUCAACUUUAGGAUCAGUAGGUCAAAGGUCAAGGUCACAAUGACCCGGAACAGUUAAAUGGUUUCCGGAUGAUAACUUGAGAACGCUUGAGCCUAGGAUCAUAAAUUUUGGUACACAGAUGUAACAUGAUAAACUACAGGUCAAGUUCGACUUUGAGGUCAGUAGGUCAAAGGUCAAGGUUACAAUGACACAAAACAGUUAAACAGCUUUCAGAUGAUAACUUGAGAACGCUUAGGCCUAGGAUCAUGAAAAUUGAUAGGGAGGUUGGUCAUGACCAGCAGAUGGCCCCUAAUGAUUUUGAGGUCAGUAGGUCACAGGUCAAGGUCACAGUGACCCGGAACAUUUAAACAGUUUUCAGACAAUAGCUUGAGAGCGCUUGGGCCUAGGAUCACGACACUCAAUAUGGAGGUUGCUCUUGAUUUCGAGUUCAUAGGUCAAAGGUCAGAGUGACCCUGAACAUUUAAACCAUUUCGGGACAAUAACUUGAGAACGCUUGGGCUGAGGAUCAUGAAACUUCAUAGGGAGGUUGAUCAUGACCAGCAGAUGACCCCUAUUUAUUUUGAGGUCAGUAGGUCAAAGAUCAAGCAAGUUCGGCUUUGACAUUGGCUUAGUUCUGUGACAAGGCCAUAUGGUGGGGGUAUAAUUUGUCACUCCUGUGACAGCUCUAGCUUGUUCUAGAUAAUUCUAAAAUGUAUAGCAUAAGGGGUCAAGACCACUGGUUCUGAAUUGUAAUUGAUAAAAGAAGCCAUUUAGACAUAAUGUUAUGUCUUUAAAAUGGAUUGUGGUUUCCUGUUUGUAUGUCUGUCAUUAGAGUAGUACUCAGUAUUUUUUUGCAAACAUGACAUUUUUAAAGGCUUGGUCAGUGAAAAAUGUUUGUUAUACAUAUAACAUGCAAUAUAUUGUGUUAAUGUAUUAUUUUGAUACCGAGAUAUUUUUUAAUAAAAAGAGUAUAAUUAUGUU